CCCUAUUUUUCCCGUAUUUUUCCCGUCUUGGAAAGUGAAAUCUCUUCUUUAUUCGCCAAAAUAUUGGGCAGUAUUUUAUCCUGGACACAGAAAGAUAAGACUCAAAACAACUCAGACUACGAUGGUCCUUAAGUACCAGUAACAACAACAACAAGAGGGAGGAGGACGGGUGGUGAUCCAGACGACCCUGAACUCUGGCUCAGCAGUGUGUACUCUGCUGGAGUGAAGGAGUACCAAGCCACGCCCACAGGCACUCUGGGCUGCUACUGUCCUCCAAAAUCGGUUGUUAAUUGCUGGUGUCAUGGCCAACCUCUUCGGUUUGAUUGUCUCUGGGCGCCUGGUGCAGACUAAUUUUGAGCAAGUAGGGGAGACGCAGUUUCUUACAGUCAUACCUCAGGCAGAUAACAUCAACCACAUUGUUAUCUUCCUCACAGGAACACAACCUUUUCCCAAUGGCCUCGGAGGAUCAGUGUACUUCAGUUGGCCUGAGCCCACCAAACCACCAACCUGGCAUCUCUUGGGCAACAUUACAAAUGAAAAGCCAUCAGCAAUAUUCAAAAUAUCCGGGCUGAAGCAAUCAGGUGAUGCAGAUCUGCAGACUGGAUUCACAUUUGGUGAACAAAAGAUGUCUCAUAAUGCACAAAUUGGAAUUUUGGUGGAACCCUUAAUACAGAUUCAAGGCCAGGUAGCUAAUCCAUCUUCAGAAGCAUCAACUCUAAACUCCUAUGUGGAAUUCAGCCAAGCCAUGUGUGAAAAUUUAUACAAUUAUGCAUCCAGCUUUGCUCAGAGUCCAUCACAAAUCAUGCCCAAUCCAUCAGAACAAUACCUCCCACUCUCAACUCUCUCAAAGUGGUAUGAAAAUUUCAGUCGCAGAUUACAACAGAAUCCAAAUUUCUGGAAAAAAUAAGUUUCUGAAAAAUUUUGUAAAGUACUAUAUAAUUAAAUACUGUAAAAUUAAUCCUUGAUGUUAUGCAAGAUUUGAUGAUAAAAUUUCUGUGGAUAUUAUAGUGAAAUCUUUUUGAAUCUGCAUUUGACACUAGAUAAUGAGAAAAACAAGGGUACACUACAAAAAUGUUUUUAUUUUUUUUUAUUAUCACACUGGCCGAUUCCCACCAAGGCAGGGUGGCCCGAAAAAGAAAAACUUUCACCAUCAUUCACUCCAUCACUGUCUUGCCAGAAGGGUGCUUUACACUACAGUUUUUAAACUGCAACAUUAACACCCCUCCUUCAAAAAAUGUUUGGUUAAAAUUAAAAAUCAUGAUGUAAUACAGUAUAUGGGUUUAUAAUCUUUCUGAAACUUAGAAUAAACUGCAUAAAAUUUUAUUACAAAAUUCUGUAUACAUAACUUACAUUACCUAAAAUAGCUUUUAAUAUAAACACUUAAAAAAUCAGGAAACUUUAAAUAUCCCACAAAGAUUGAUUAUUUAUACACUAAGAAUUACUGACUACAUUUGAUUAAAUUUACCAUACUUUGAUCAUCCUCCUCCUUUUUUGUAUUUCAUAAAUUCAUCACCGAUCCAUUUCAAAAUAUCCAUUACAUUUUGUUAAAAAUUUGUGUCUGGUAUUUGUAUUUCUUGAGGCUGCAUAGUUACUGAGAAACGUUAAAUACAUUUAAUUACUAGUCCUCUCAUCCUCCUUCAGAGCAUGAAAUUAGCAAGGGCCUCUUCCCAUGAUGUUUGGAUAUUGCACAAAUUUAAUAACAGGGCAGCAUAUCGAUAGUCUCAUUAAAGUUCAGAUACCAGAACUUAAGUUCUCUUUAUAUUUAACAAAUAGUAGUUCUCUGAUCUGUAGGCUGAAGACCUUCUGUGUUAUAAAUUUUCAUAACCACAGGAAGAGUGCACUUUUUCUAAAGGAUUAGAAAUGAAGCUAUACACAAGAUUCAGAUAAAAGUAGUUUAACUUAUUUUUUGUCUUCCAAAGUAGCAAUUCAGAUUUUUGUUCAUACAUUUGUUCCAUUUUUAUUUUUCCGUUUAAAGAACUACAGACAUUUCACCUUUAUUUAAAACAAACCCCUCAAAGGUGCCUUGAUUCCAGUAAGGAACUCUUGAUCCAAAGAAUUAAACCUGAAUAACAAAAAGGCACAGUACACAAAUAACCCGCACAUAGAGAGGAGCUUACAAACAACAUUUCAGUCUGACUUGGACCACUUACAAAGUGACUUAGUAAAUGGUUCAAGCCAGGCUGAAAUGUCGUUGUAAGCUCCUCUCUCCUGUGUGCAAGUUAGUUGUGUAUUGUGAGUUAAACCUGUUCUCCCUCUUCGGAAUGAACCCUAUUGCCUCUCAUUCCCCAGGUGUUGUAUGACCCCUAUGGAUUUAGAGCUUCAGAAUAUACAUAGUGGUUAAAAAUGCCCUUUGAGGUUCAUAUAAGAGUAGGGGCUCUAUAUGCUCAUACAUUGCCCUGACUUUUCUUAUAUCAAAAAAUACAUAAAAUGCUUUUCAAGUGUGGCUUUGUUCCCCUUGAUGUGAAAUGAAUGAACAAUUGCCAAUAAGUUACAGCAGUGAGAAUGUGAUCUCGGCUAUUAGGUUUAGGCAUAAAAUAUUACUCGAGUGUGUCUGACAGUUUUUAUGGUAUUUGGUUAUGCAAUUGUCAUUAUUUACACAGUAUUUUUAUAACAUUUUGUAUAUGUUACAUGUUUUUUAUCACUUGGAAUAAGGUUUGUGCUUGCUAAUAAUACCUUAAGAUUAAUAAAUUGUAGGUUAUUUGUAAUAACUCUACAAUGUUUUGUCUAAAACAGCUAUACAGUAUCCUGCCUUUAAUGACUUCAGCAUGAGUAUACAGCCUUAUUUUUUUUUUAUAAAUUUUGUACAUCAAUUAGGUGGUGCAGUACAUUUCCUUCAUUGGCAAUAUAAACCAAAAGUACUCUGCCCUCUACUUCAAAAUAUGAUGAACAAACAUGCUGUAACUAGUUCCUAACUGACAAAUAAAUUAUCAACCCAU